AUGAGGACAACAGUCCGAACGAUUGAUUUUCAACCAACGUUCUGCGGCACACUGGUCUAUCUAUCUAUCUAUCUAUCUAUCUAUCUAUCUAUCUAUCUAUCUAUCUAUCACACUUUCUCUAUCGAAGACGAAAGUGACGGCAAAGGAGUUUCGUACCGCCAACAACCAAACCGAUGGCACGCGUUUGUUGCUGUUGAAGUCAUUUUUCACUUUUGUUUUGUGGCUUCUUUCUUUCUUUCUUUCUUUCUUUCUUUCUUUCUUUCUUUCUUUCUUUCUUUCUUUCUUAUUGCUAUUUGUUUAUUUGGACUUGAUGUUGUUCUUUCUUUCUUUCUUUCUUUCUUUCUUUCUUUCUUUCUUAUUGCUAUUUGUUUAUUUGGACUCGAUGUUCUUUCUUUCUUUCUUUCUUUCUUAUUGCUAUUUGUUUAUUUGGACUUGAUGUUGUUCUUUCUUUCUUUCUUUCUUUCUUUCUUAUUGCUAUUUGUUUAUUAA